AUGUCCGAUAUUAAGUUUCCAAAAAUAUUACCUGAAGUUGAGUUUAAUAUCUCAACUACAGGGAUUACUAUUUCCAGUGUACGCUAUACAACUCCACGCUUUCUUCCUUACGACCAAGGAGGGAAGUGUCGAAAAUGUAAGAGCACAGAAGUUGAAUUGGAUUUUAUUAUAGUAAAGGAAGGUGUUGUAGUCUACUGCACCCGGUUUGAGGGAAGCAGAUUUGUCCCCUUCGAUUCAUUAUACGAUUUACCGCGUCAUUGCUUCUUCAAAGUAAAAAACAAAGGCCGAGUCUUUAAUGUACCGUACAAUGAUACUACUCAGAUUCAUUGUCCAAAAACUGAACCAAUUGAACCACAAAUUCUCCCCACAAUACCCGAAGAAGUGACACAGACACCUCAAUCAUUGGAUAACCUUCCAUCAAAAGAGGAGUUGGACGAUUUCUUUCAGAGUUUAGAUGCAGCUGUUACAGGCAUACCAACAAAUUAA